CACUCAAACAUCAUCAAUAAUUGCGACACUAGUGACAUUCUCAUUAUAUUCGAAAAUUGAGGGAAGACCACUCAUGCCUGCUGAUGUUUUCACAGGUCUAGUGCUAUUCAAUCAACUUACUGUGCCACUCUACAUAAUACCUUUUGUCAUCCCAAUGGUUAUCAAUGCUGUGGUGAGUACAAAACGUAUUUUACAAUUUCUAGUUCUUCCUGAGGUUGAUUUAACACUUCCAUGGAGAGAUCACUCAGAAGGACCAGAUGCAAAAGUUGAAUUUGUCCCAGAUAGUGGCAGUGUUCUGGCAAAUUUAUAUGCUUAACUUUUUUUUUUUGUACAAGUCAGUUUUUUUUUUAACAAAUCUGUCCAGUCUAACUAAUUUUCAUA